UCAGGAAUCCAAAAUCUACGCGGACGUGGUAAACAAGCUGGUGUAGGGGGACAGCUGUCAAGAGGAGCGGGGCUCGGCUGAGCCAGUGUCCGUUUUCUGCGGAGUUCGCAUAUAAGAACGUUUAUUUGAGAAUAAGUUUCCAACUUCAGCUACAGUGCUAGCUAAGUUUGGAAACGAAAAUAAAUUGCAAACGUCGUUUCUUAUUUCUUUCUAUAUUACUAGUGUUUUUAUACUUUAGAAUUUCUGCAGAAAUCCCAGAAAAAAAUCGAAAACGAGCGCUACUAACAAUGGAAAUACGCACAAAUAAAAGAAGUGUUUGUGGGUCCAUUAUUAAUUACUUUACGUCAGCCAGGUUCCUAAUCUACCUAGGGCAUUCAUUAUCAACAUGGGGAGAUCGGAUGUGGCACUUUGCAGUGUCUGUCUUUCUGGUGGAACUUUAUGGCAACAGCCUGCUGUUGACUGCUGUGUAUGGACUUGUAGUUGCUGGUUCUGUCCUUCUGCUGGGAGCCAUCAUUGGAGACUGGGUGGAUAAGAACCCACGACUUAAAGUUGCUCAGACAUCACUGAUUGUACAGAAUGCCUCUGUCAUGCUUUGUGGUAUUCUCUUGAUGUUAGUUUUCUUUUUUAAGGAUCAGCUGCUUUCCAUGUACAAUGGGUGGCUCCUGACACUCUGCUACAUUUUGGUUAUUACAAUUGCCAAUAUUGCAAACUUGGCCAGCACUGCAACCACGAUUACCAUUGAGAGAGACUGGAUCAUUGUUGUAGCAGGGAGCGACCGAAGUGAACUGGCAGACAUGAAUGCAACGGUGAGAAGGAUUGAUCAAAUAAGCAACAUUUUGGCUCCCAUGGCUGUUGGACAAGUAAUGACCUUUGGAUCAACAGUGAUUGGCUGUGGCUUUAUAGCUUCUUGGAAUCUGUUUUCAAUGUUUAUUGAGUACUUUCUUCUGAAGAAGGUCUAUGUGAAAACACCAGCAUUAGCUAUGAAAGCCGGCCAGAAGGUAGAAGAACAAGAAAUGAAGCCAAUUACAGAUAUUGUAUCUGACAUACCAGAAGUAACCUGUUUGAUGGGUGAAAAUCCCUUAAAAAACACUGAAAACCAGAAGGCAGAAAUGAAAGAGCCCACUUUCUGUGAUCGAAUGCUUGAACCUUUCCGCACAUUCCGUGAUGGAUGGAUUGCAUAUUACAACCAGUCCGUGUUUCUGGCUGGCAUGGGCCUUGCAUUUUUAUACAUGACUGUCCUUGGAUUUGAUUGUAUUACUACAGGAUAUGCUUACACUCAGGGUCUGAGCGGGUCCACCCUGAGCCUGUUAAUGGGUGCUUCUGCUAUUACUGGAAUUUGUGGAACUGUGGCUUUUCCUUGGCUCCGUCGCAAGUGUGGCUUGAUCCGAACAGGCUUCAUAUCUGGAAUUGCCCAACUUCUUUGCCUGUCUUUGUGUGUGCUGUCAGUUUUCAUGCCAGGAAGUUCUCUAGACUUGACUGUGUCUCCAUUUGAUGACAUCAGAAGUCGGCUACUGAAUAUUGAGCCACUCCCUGACCACUUUUCUGUAACUUCUGCACCUAAUGUUUACAGUACGACAAGAAUGUAUUCUCCGGUAAAUGAGUCUUCUUCAUAUAAUGAGGAUAUGGAGAUAAAUCCUCAGCCAGAGUCCUAUGUGUCUGUAAUUCUGUUGUUCUCUGGCGUUAUUGCUGCUAGAGUCGGUCUCUGGUCCUUUGACCUAACAGUAACACAGCUGCUUCAGGAAAAUGUUAUAGAAUCAGAACGAGGUAUUAUUAAUGGCGUCCAGAAUUCUAUGAACUAUCUUCUCGAUUUGCUGCAUUUCAUCAUGGUCAUCCUGGCCCCCAACCCUGAAGCAUUUGGCCUUCUUGUGAUUAUUUCUGUUUCAUUUGUUGCAAUGGGUCAUGUUAUGUAUUUUAGAUUUGCGUACUGCAGCCUGAGGAACCGGCUGUUCAACUGCUGUGCUCCUGAACAGAAACCCGAGAAUUCAGCAGAGGAAUCAAAGCCACCUGAGUCUGAUGUUUAAACAGAGAUAAGGAAGGCCCUUGCUUCUCCACUCCCUUCUACUGCUUUUUUUGAAAGUAUAUAAUUUGUUACUUUUUAAGUAAGCAUUUAUAAAGGGCAGCCUAAGGUGUUUCUCUACCAUUUCUAGGAGUUGAGGGUUAAAUGUUUUCAUGGCAGAGAGCUGUGGGGCUACUACUGCAUUUAACUAGAGGAUCUGAGAAAAGAUGCAAGACAGAAUUUCACCCGGUACUGCAUGCAGUACACUGAGACUUACUUAGCUCAGCUGAUCAGGUCAGGAGAUGAUUUCUUGUACUGCCGCUGUUACAAUAAGAACCGCAAUACCACAUGGCCAUGAUUUGUAAUAAGGAAACAUAAUGGCAGAGCUAGUGGAUUUUGCUGAGUAACAAUGGGUCACUCCGUGUCUCCGUGGGAAUGGGUGAAGAUUGGCUCAUAUUUACUCUUAGCCCUAUCUUUGCUGUAUUCCAGCAGUAGUGAAUAAACUAGGAAGGUUUACCAACACUAAAAGACACUGAAAAACAGUGUGCAAAGUCAUAAUGUGAAAGAGAGUUUGUACCUCAUGCAUGGCAACAGUUGGCUUCUGAUGUUUUAAAAUGGCAGAAGACCUGUAUACUAUUGAAGGGUGCAUGCUUCAAGCUGCAAAGUUUGUAAUGUAGUGGGGUAACAGCAGUCACCUCUGGUUCCCAUUUCCUUUCUUGAAAGUUUUCAGUAGUUAUUGGUGGACCACGUCUAAGUGGUAAAGUAGUUGUGAGGGUGUCUAGUAUAAUUCAGAAGGGAAUACAUAAAAAUGGUAUUGGUGCCUUCUGGAGUAACCAUAGAGAAACACCUGUGUUACUUCUCUUUCAAAAUGUAUACUUUUAAUUCUCUGUCAAAUGCCCAUUUACCUAGAGAGUCUUAGCCCUUUUGUCAACAACAGCAGUGCUCUCAUUCUUUGGGUGGUAAAGCCAACAGCUAACAGCUUUGUUCAUUAUUUUCUUUUUUUAUUAUCUACUGCACAACAGCCCUCCAGUGACCAAUCCAUUAGUUCCCCCAUGGUGUGAGUACCCAUGCAGCAAACUAUCCUUCAGUUAGUCUUCAGGGUUUUCCUGUAGUGACCCAAGUUCCCCCAGAUUGACGGAUGUGCACACUUACAUUUAUGUCAGGGGUCUCCUGUGCCUUUCCUUUGACAGCAUCACACAUGCUGCUGCACAUCUCCCAUCAGAAGGUCACUGCCUUUUGGAAACUUGACAUAGUUAAGCUGACAUCCCCAGUCCAUGUGUUAGUUGCUGUAUUUCUGCUUCACCAUGGGAGUCAAUAUCACAGCAAACCAGCCCACAUUUGUUACUUCAGGAUGGGCGGGCUGGCAUUCGCCACUAACUGCCUCCCUCCGUGUUCAGCUCCACCAGCACCCAAACCACUAAUCAAACCUGGGUUGUAGUUAGGGCUUCAUUUCUCUGCCCCAUGGAGCUGCCUGUUUUGUUACUUUUAAAGUCACUGCUGCUCAGUGAUCGACCCAGGGUUUAAGGGAUGAAAUUGAGAGGAUACUAGCUCAGCCAGUUAUUUGCUUUUUGCAAUAUUACUGCAUUUUUGGUGUUUUAGGCCCACUCACUGGUCCCAAAGUUAAGCACUGAGUAAACAAUGUUUUUUCACAAAAAAGACCAUUACUCACUGCAAGGAACAUAAUUAGGUUUGAUACAUGUAGGCUGUAGCACUUUUUUAGAAAGGGCACUGCAUUAUUAAGCAAUGGACAACUGUCAAAUUUACAGUAAUUUGUUCUAAAUCUCAAGUAACAUUAAUUACCUCUUUUCUGAGCAUGUUAAUGUACAUACAUACCCAUAUGUGUGUGUGUGUGUGUGUGUGUGUGUGUGUGUGUGUGUGUGUGUGUGUGUGUG